AUGAGUAUAGAUCAUUUUUUCUCUCUUUUGGGAGUUAAAUCUCUUCUUCCGAAGGGUGAAGCAGCUCUUUUCAUAGCGAUCUCUAGAGUUCUACUUCUUUCCUAUUAGGAUUGACGAAUUAAAAUUUCCAUUCCAUCUAAUAUGAUCUUGCGAGUUGUAUUUAUCAAUAUUUACUUACCAAAGAAUGCUUUAGACACUAAAUAUUAAUCAUAUGCCCAACAUUCAAUAGAAAUUGAUUGCUUUUCUCAAAGUUAAUACUAAAUGCACAUAUUGUAUGUUUGA